CAAUCAAAUGCACUUUGGCAGAAGGUCAAGAAGUGGACGGAUGAGCGACCGAGUUCUUCCCGACAAAACUCAAGCUCAACAUGAAGCCUCCGCAUGUCGUUGCUGUGCUCCUGCUUGCGCUGCUAUGGCCUGCGUGCUUGUGCAGGAACGAGGAGGAGCGCCUGAUCAACUACCUGUUAAAGGAACGCGGAUACAACAAGGAGCUGCGUCCCGUGGAGAGGCAACAGGAUGCCGUCAACGUCACCCUCGCUCUCACGCUCUCAAACCUCAUCUCCUUGAAAGAAGUGGACGAGACUCUGCUCACCAACGUCUGGAUCGACCAUACGUGGACGGAUUACAGGCUGACGUGGAACACGAGCGAGUUUGACGGCAUAGAUAUGCUGCGCUUGCCGUCCAACAUGGUGUGGCUGCCCGAGAUCGUGCUGGAAAACAAUAAUGAUGCGCAGUUCCAGGUGGCCUACUACAGCAACGUGCUGGUUAACUAUGAAGGGCUAUGCUACUGGUUGCCCCCAGCCAUCUUCCGCUCAUCUUGCUCCAUCAACGUCAACUAUUUCCCCUUCGACUGGCAGAACUGCACCCUCAAGUUCACCUCACUGACGUACAACGCCAAAGAGAUCCGAAUGCUCCUGAAGACGGAAACGGACGACGACGGCAACAAGUGGACAGUCGAGUGGAUCAUCAUCGAUCCGGCCAGCUGGGCCGAGAACGGCGAGUGGGAGGUGAUUCACCGUCCGGCCAAGAGGAACACGUACAAACACAUUCCCAUGGAGAGCAACAAGCACCAGGACAUCACCUUCUAUCUCAUCAUCAAACGCAAACCGCUCUUCUACAUCGUCAACAUCAUCAUCCCCUGCGUGCUCAUCUCCUUCCUGGCGUCGCUCGUCUACUACCUGCCCGCCGACAGUGGUGAGAAGAUGACGUUGUCCAUCUCUGUGCUGCUUGCUCAGUCUGUCUUCCUGCUGCUGAUCUCUCAAAGGCUUCCAGAGACUUCCAUCUCCGUCCCGCUCAUUGUCAAGUACCUGAUGUUCAUCAUGGUGCUGGUGACAGUGGUGGUUUUGAACUGUGUUGUGGUUCUCAACCUGCACUUUAGGAGCCCAAGCACACAUGUCAUGUCUGAGUGGACCAAGAGGUUGUUCCUGGAGCGACUUCCCCGCCUCCUGCUCAUGUCCCGGCCGGCGGAGUCCGAGCCGUACUGGAACGGCGCAUUGCAGCGGCGGUCUAGCUCGGCGGGCUACAUCGCGUCGGCCGAGGAGUACUACAGCGUCAAGUCCCGCAGCGACUUGAUGUUCGAGAGGCAGUCGGUGAGACACGGGCUCGUGACCCGGCCCGCGCACGCCACAGUGAAAAAACUGCAGGAGGAGGGUGGCGUCACUGAGCAGCUGUACGGGGAAAUCAAGCCGGCGGUGGACGGAGCAAACUACAUCAUCAAACACAUGCGCAACAAGAACGACUACAAUGAGGAGAAGGAUAACUGGAGCGGCAUCGCUCGCACCGUGGACCGUCUUUGCCUUUUCCUGAUUACCCCAGUGAUGAUCUUUGGCACCAUCAUCAUCUUCCUAAUGGGCCUCUACAAUCACCCGCCGCCGCUGCCCUUCGCUGGAGAUGCUCACAACUACAGGGAGGACAACUCACGGCUGUUGUGACGCACAUGCACACACAUAAUUCACAAUUGUUCUGCUUUUUUUGACUUGUGUGGCUUGUUUUCUUUCAUUUGAGGUUACGAUUCAAGAAGCAGCAUCAUACAAUGAUAAUAAAAAACAUGUACAAACACAGCACAACUUUAGCAAAUUCAUUAAGAGACUUUUAAUAAGGCUAACUAUUAUCAUUUAUAGUGCUGUCAAGAGAUUUAAAAAAAUGAGAGAUGAAUUUGAUUAAUUACAGAUAAUGAGUCUAAGUUGAAUCUCACAUAAAAAUUACUGUCCUCAACUUGAGGUAAUUUCAUUUAAAUUCAUUAUAUUAUUUUGGCAGGUCAAAAGAUUGAUACAAAACAGAAAAACAUGGCUUUAUAAAGUAAUUUAUUGUUUUUGCAUACUUGAACAGAUGCAGGCCUCGCCAUUUACAUUCCGCUGUAUUUGAGACCAGUCCCAAGUGCUGCCUGCCACCUUUAGUUUCUACCAUCAGGGGGAAUAUUGUUGUGUUGUUUUGUCAAUAUUCAAACAAUUACAAAAAAAGUUAAACAUCAGGUCCAUAUAAAGUGCUGAAUUUAACACAUUAAAAAAAUAGUAAGAACGCUUUUCUAAGCAAUAAAAGUAUUGAACACUGAA